AUGAAUUUAGAGCUUCUAGAAGCUUUUCAUCAAAACUAUCCUGAGGCUGCAGAUGGGUAUUUAGAACGAAUAAAAAAGGAUGACGGAAGCAAAGACGCUGGGUGUGCCACUUAUGCGAUAACACUACAGUUUAAUCGUGUUGGAAGCCUUCUAGCUAUCGGUUGCAACGAUGGAAGAAUAGAAAUAUGGGACCACGUCACCAGACGGAUAUCAAAAGUGUUGGUAGCUCAUGCACAUCCAGUUUGUUCUUUGAGUUGGAGUAGAGAUAGCAAAAGCUUCUUAGCGCAUCAACAGACAAUACAGUAUCUAUUUGGGAUGUGCUGUCUAGCGCUUGCGAGCAAACCCUCCAGUUUCCCUGUCCUGUGCUGA